UUUGUAAAAUAUAAAAAGUAAAAUGGAAGAAGUGGAAGAGAAGAGAAGACAGCAAAUAUAGCAAACAAAUACAGGUCAAAUCGAAAACGAAUUUCAGUUGCAAUCUCUCUCUCUCUCUCUCUCUCUCUCUCUCUCUCUCUCUCUCCACGCAAUUUCACGGCGCCGGUCAUCGGCUAAUUGGACGGUCUUCACAGGGAGGAAGUGAAGAGUGGCUAGGUUUUAGCCCUUUCGCCGCGAAUUGUAUAUAUUGUCACCAUGAAUGGAAAGGCCAACGUUUCUAAAGAGCUCAAUGCCAAGCAUCGAAAGAUCUUGGAAGAGCUUCUUAAACGUCCAGAGAACAGGGAAUGUGCUGAUUGCAAAACCAAGGGUCCUCGAUGGGCCAGUGUAAACUUAGGCAUAUUUAUCUGCAUGCAAUGCUCUGGGAUUCACAGAAGUCUUGGAGUGCACAUCACAAAGGUCAGAUCCGCUACACUUGACACAUGGCUUCCUGAACAGGUUACAUUUAUUCAAUCCAUGGGAAACGAGAAGGCAAACAGUUACUGGGAGGCAGAGCUUCCGCCAAAUUAUGAUAGAGUUGGGAUUGAGAAUUUCAUUCGUGCAAAGUAUGAUGAGAAGAGAUGGAUAUCGAAGGAUGGUAAGACCGAGUUGCCUGCAAGGAGAAUAGAAGAAAAAGCUCCUGUCCAGUUGCAAAGACCAAAUGAUAGAAGUGGUCAUGGACAAGUUCGCAAUUCCAGGAACGCUUUUGAUGAGAGGAGAAGUGUUACGGCACCUAGUACGAAAGAACAUAUUCCUGCUGCCAGAAUUAGUAUUCCUGUUCACCCUAAAGUACCAGAACAACAGGCUGUUCCAGCUCUGGCAACUAAAGAAGUGAUUCAAAAAACACAACCAGCUGCGCCCAUUGAAUCUUCGAAGAUGGCUGCAGACACUGUGUCACCCCCCAAAGUUGAUUAUGCUACUGAUCUUUUCAAUAUGCUUUCUAUGGAUGGUUCUGUUGAUAAUGGUGCUGGAGCAUCUGGGGAAGACAAUACAUGGGCAGGAUUUCGGUCUGCUGAUGCAUUGUCAUCAACAGCAGAAAAGCCUAGCCCAGCUAAAGUUGAUGAUAAUAAGAGCACCUCUGCUUCUGGAAUUGAAGAUCUGUUUAAGGAUUUACCGUCAAUUACACCUAGUUCAAUGUCAGGGAAACCUCAAACAGAUGUGAAAAAUGAUAUCAUGUCUCUCUUUGAAAAGACCAACAUGGUUUCACCAUUUUCUGUUCACCAACAACAACUUGCUAUGCUAGCACAACAGCAGUCUAUUCUAAUGGCUGCUGCAGCCAAUGCUUCUAGUGGGGCUCCUAAAGUUCCUGCAAACGCACAACCAGGGUUAAAUGGAACCAACUUGCCGAACCAAAGUUGGCCAAAUGUUGGCUACCAGUUCCCUGGCAUGCAGAUGGGGAACAUGGGGGCAACUCAACCAGCUGCAAAUUCUUUUGCUCUUCAAAUGUCGAGCACAUACGCAGGGGGAGCUAACAAUACGUCUAUAAAUGGAAGUAUACAACCUGGACCUGCCAAACAAUCUGCAUCGUCUGUUUCAUCCAGUUCUCUACAAUCAGGAAAAGAAUAUGAUUUUUCCUCGUUGAUGCAAGGCUACUUCACAAAACACUGAAUGAGUGAGUGUAUAUACAUAUACUCAUGUUCUGUUAUAGGGAAACAAGUCAUUCACAGAAAAAUUAGCCACAGGUGAGUUCUUACCUCCUAUACUAUUUGCUGAGGAGCAGUGUGCGCGUUACGUUUGUAGGUGUAUUGGAAUAAUAAAUUGGUUUAGAAUGAAAUAUUCUUUGUAAGCACUUAUUUCUCGACUCCUUGCUCGUUUCGAUGAAUUUGAUGUUACAGAGCAAGAAACUCGAUUCAUAUGUACGAUAAUUGGGUUCUUUUUUCUUUUUCUUUUUUUUUUUUAAUACAAAUGCAGAUAGUUUA